AUGUCUUUACCCUUCCUUAUAUCUGUGGACGCGGAUUCAAUAUCCUCCCCCUCGUCCAAUGGUCUCACACUGAAGCAGAUCUCGUAUUUUGGCUGUGUCCUUCUCAAGUCCCCCAGCUUGGACCAAGCCUUAUCGUUCAUUAAAGCCAACUUUGCUGCGUUUGAGAUCUGUAUCGAUGCGACCGGUAUCGGGUCGGCGGGUGACGUGCUAGAUAUACUGAACGCUGGGGCAUCAAAUGCCUUUGUGACUUUUGGCCAAUUGACAGCUUUGUCUGAAGAACAAGCUGUUCCCUCCUCUCGAUUGGUCGUUUCCGUUUCAUCUGCGAGCGAAGUCGCCCAGUUAAAAACUUGGAUCGCCGAUAAUAAGGAGAGAAGGGAUAUAAGUGUUCACAGUGCGGAGGCGCCUGCAAUUGAUGCUAUUCUAUCCGAGCUCGAUGACAAUUCGUUGGUAAAAACUGUUUACCGCUCUUCGACGGACGGGACAACGCAAACCAAUUUCCUCGUGAACGAACAGGAAAGAGUAAUCAGCAUAUUCCCCUCUACAUCGUUAACCAUUGGCGAUGAACAAAACUCAGCUGUUAAAUUAUUGGUCACCGGUGCCGUUCCGGACAAUAACACAGGUCUCUACGCGACGAUAGUCACAGACGAGCGGGGAGUGGCCUUGGGCCUUGUAUGGAGCAGCGAAAAGAGCAUUUCUGAGGCCUUGAAGACUGGCACCGGGGUCUACCAGAGCCGAAAACGCGGCCUCUGGUACAAAGGACAAUCCAGCGGAGACAUCCAAGAAUUAGUUCGAAUUGGACUCGACUGCGAUAGCGAUUGCUUGAUUUUUAUAGUUAGGCAGAAAGGCAGAGGACUCGCCCGACUUCAAAAGACCUUACAAGCUCGAAAGGACGACGCCCCAUCGGGAUCGUACACGUCGCGACUAUUCAAUGAUGCUAAAUUGUUGGAUGCGAAGAUUAUGGAAGAAGCCGAGGAACUAUGCAACGCAUCGACUAAGGAACACAUUGCUUUCGAAGCAGCUGACCUCCUCUACUUCGCUCUCACAAAAUGCGUCGCGGCGGGAGUGACUCUGGAAGACGUCGAAAGAAAUCUUGAUUUUAAAAGUUUGAAAGUAACGAGAAGGAAGGGCGAUGCGAAAUCAGGCUGGGCUACCAAAGUUGGCCUUUCGGCUCCAGUGGAAGCGCAAGAACAGCCAGAAUCUACAAAAUCAAGCGAGCCCAUCCAACAUGUGGACCAAAAGAUUCGAAUGAAACGGUAUAUCACGGCUUCGACUUCACAAAAGGAGAUCAAAGAUGCCCUGCAACGUCCGUCGCAAAGGUCGAAUGAAGCUGUCGUGGGGUUGGUUAAGCCUAUCAUUCAGGACGUGCGAGAGAAUGGAGAUGCUGCAGUUUUAAAAUAUACGCACAAGUUUGAAAAAGCAACCUCGCUCAGCUCUCCUGUGCUCCGCGCUCCCUUUUCAGCAGACCUGAUGAAACUUACGCCCGAGACGAGGAAUGCCAUUGACAUAAGCUUUGAGAACAUUCGACGUUUCCAUGCAGCCCAAAAAGAAGAAAAGCCCCUGAGCGUGGAAACGAUGCCGGGGGUUGUGUGCUCCCGCUUUACACGUCCUAUCGAGAGAGUUGGGCUUUAUGUUCCUGGCGGCACGGCUGUUUUACCUUCUACUGCCCUCAUGCUAGGAGUUCCUGCAAUGGUUGCUGGAUGUAAGAAGAUUGUGCUAGCAUCCCCACCCCGUUCGGACGGUAGUAUCUCCCCCGAAAUAGUUUAUAUCGCGCACAAGGUUCAAGCUGAAAGCAUUGUGCUUGCAGGAGGCGCGCAAGCCGUGGCUGCAAUGGCGUAUGGUACUGAAAGUGUUAGCAAAGUUGACAAAAUCCUUGGCCCAGGAAAUCAGUUUGUGACCGCUGCUAAAAUGCUUGUUUCAAACGACACUUCGGCGGGCGUGGGCAUCGAUAUGCCUGCAGGGCCCAGCGAAGUUCUGGUCAUUGCUGACCAGCAUGCAAAUCCUGCAUUUGUUGCAUCGGACUUGCUCAGCCAAGCUGAGCACGGUGUUGAUUCUCAAGUGAUUUUGAUUGCCGUUGACCUGAACGAUGUGCAAUUAUCGGCUAUCGAGGACGAGCUGCACCAGCAAGCAAGUCAAUUGCCUCGAGUUGACAUUGUGCGAGGUUCUAUAGAACACUCAGUAACCUUUGUCGUGAAAGACAUUAAUGAGGCACUUGCACUAAGCAAUGAAUAUGCCCCUGAGCAUCUUAUCCUCCAGGUUCAGAAUGCGGCAGACUUGAUCCCUAUGGUAGAAAAUGCAGGCAGUGUCUUCAUAGGCCAGUGGACUCCGGAGAGUGUCGGCGACUACUCUGCUGGAGUAAAUCAUUCUCUACCAACAUAUGGCUUUGCAAAGCAAUACUCCGGUGUUAACCUUGCGUCAUUCGUGAAGCACAUCACUAGCUCUAAUCUUACUGCUGAAGGGCUUCAGAAUGUUUCCGAGGCUGUGAUGCAGUUAGCAUCUGUGGAGGGUCUGGAUGCCCACCGCCGGGCUGUCAGCAUACGUAUGGAUUUCAUCAACCAAAACAAGGCCUAG